GCCAAUGAGCACACAACCAAGCGCAGCGACCUGCUUCUCACACGCAGCCUACUGAACACCACGCGUUCUCAGACAGCCAGACAAAACACAGCGGACACAGCCGAAGCGAGGGAAGAGUGAGCGGCAGAGACAGAGUUGUGUAACGAGAGAAACAAAAGGAGCGGAGGAGAAGAAUAGAAGAGUGUUUUAGGAGGGAGAAGAAGAAAAGAGGAGAAAGAUUUGCCUUAGAAACUGCCGUUUGAGACUCACGCAGCUGGUGCGGGGUCCAGUCUUUGGGCAGAAAGAGAGCAUCCUUCGGAGACAAAGCGAGCAAGGCUCAGACAGAAGAAAAAGAGAGAGAGAGAGAGCUAGAGAGGGGGGUCGAAAGGGACAAAAAAAAGUCAGCUAGUUGAGUAGCAGGACGAUCGGAGAGUCCCGCUCCUCAUUACGACUUCUCCACGUGUUCUGACCAGCCAACUCGGAUCAGACAUGCUGCUGCUGGAAGAACCGGACCCUCUCACAGACCAGCCCAAGGGCGCUGCGUUCAGCUCAGAGAAUGAGGCUCAGGGUGGCGACUCGUCGGGAUGGCAGUGCACGCCGCCGUCGUCCACUUCCCCCUCGGGCGAAGCGCCCUCGCAGCCGCCCUCGGGCCCCUCCGCCCGCCACGCCAACCACAGCCCCUCGGCGCUGGCGCUCAGCGGAACCAAGAAACGGAACUCCAAGCCCGCCCACCUGAGGAGGAACAUCAGGAAGUUGUUGCGGGAGCAUCAGCUGGAGACGAGCACUAAGGCCGCCCAGCUGGGGGAGCUAGAGAGACGGAGGCGUCUGGAACAGCAGAGGAAAGACCUCCCCUCAGGCUCGCCCUCAGCCUACUCCCAAACACCAGAGGACGAGUCCCUGAGUGCAACUGCUCAGGUGUCCAAACAAGAGCUAAUCUGUCUAGACACCAGCACCAACAGCCCAGACACCUGCGAAGACGACGCCAAGGCAUCACCGCUCUCAACACUCACAGCUAAAGAAGAUGUGAUCGAGCUGAGUUCCAGCGAAGAUGACUCCCUGCAGUCCAGCAGACGAGCAACCAAUGAGGAGGAAGAAGAGGAGGAAGAGGCGGGCCCUGGCGCCGAGGAGAGCUGCGGCGCGCACGCCAACGACAACCUCAACCAACCCGACGCUCUGGGGCGGGUCCUGGUCAACGUCAGUCACCCACCCGACGAGAGUGACAUCUACCUCUCCCCCCAGCUGGCCAGAGUGGUCAAGCCCCACCAGAUCGGUGGGAUCAGAUUUCUGUACGACAAUCUGGUGGAGUCGGUGGAGCGCUUCAAGAGCAGCAGUGGCUUCGGCUGCAUCCUGGCCCACAGCAUGGGGCUGGGCAAAACCCUGCAGGUCAUCUCCUUCAUCGACAUCCUACUGCGCCAUACUGAAGCUCACACCGUCCUCGCCAUAGUCCCUGUGAACACGCUUCAGAACUGGCUGUCGGAGUUCAACCUGUGGGUCCCUCCAGCUGAGGCCCUGUCCCCCGACACCGACCCCGCCCAGGCCGUGCCGCGCUCCUUCAAGGUCCACAUCCUCAACGACGAGCACAAAACCACGGCGGCCCGUGCCAAGGUGGUAGAGGACUGGCACAGGGACGGCGGCGUUCUGCUAAUGGGCUACGAGAUGUACCGGCUGCUGUCGCUCAAGAAGAGCUUUGUGGCCGGCCGCAAGAAGAAAGCCAAGAAGCCCACCGGGCCGGUCGUCAUCGACCUGGACGAGGAGGACCGCCAGCAAGAGCUGCUGAAAGGCAUCGAGAAGGCUCUGUCUUGGCCCGGGCCGGACGUUGUGAUCUGCGACGAGGGCCACCGCAUCAAGAACUGCCACGCGAGUACGUCGCAGGCGCUCAAGGGCAUCCGCACGCGGCGCCGCGCGGUUCUGACGGGCUACCCGCUGCAGAACAACCUGAUCGAGUACUGGUGCAUGGUGGACUUUGUGCGGCCCGACUUCCUGGGCACGCGGCAGGAGUUCAGCAACAUGUUCGAGAGGCCCAUUCUGAACGGGCAGUGCGUGGACAGCACAGUCGAGGACCUGCGCUUCAUGCGAUACCGCAGCCACGUGCUGCACAGCCUGCUGGAGGGCUUCGUGCAGAGGCGAGGUCACGACGUGCUGCGCUCCCAGCUGCCCCCGAAGCAGGAGCACGUCAUCCUGGUGCGCCUGUCCCCCCUGCAGAGGGCGCUCUACACCGAGUUCAUGAACCGCUUCCAGGAGGCCGGCAACAGCGGUUGGCUCAGCCUCAACCCCCUCAAAGCCUUCUGCGUCUGCUGCAAGAUCUGGAACCACCCAGAUGUCCUCUACGAGGCGCUGCAGAAGGAGAACCUGGCCAACGAGCAGGACUUGGACCUGGACGACAUCACCACCAACCAGAACCGCUGCCCUGCACCCAACCAGAAGAGCAAGCAGGCCGAGAUGGCCAGCAGCGAGGGCGGCCUCAGCCUCACCGCCCUGCAAGAGAGGGCCAACCAGGUCAUCUCCUACGAAUGGGCCAAGGACAUCAUGACUGAUUACAAGACUGGGCUUCUGGAGAACUCUGCCAAGAUGGUGCUGCUGUUCCAUCUUAUCGAUGAGAGUGUUAGGAAUGGCGACAAAAUCCUGGUCUUCAGUCAGAGCCUGUCCACUCUGUCAGUUAUCGAGGAGUUUCUGGCCAAGAGAACGAUGCCCGAAACCAGGGCAUCCAGUCUGAACCAGAACUGGGUUCGCAACAUCAACUACUACCGUUUGGACGGAAGCACGUCGGCCUCUGAGAGGGAGAGACUCAUAAAUCAGUUCAACGAUCCAGCAAACACCUCAACCUUGGUCUUUCUGCUGUCUACCAGGGCCGGCUGUCUCGGGGUGAACUUGAUCGGUGCGAACCGCGUGGUGGUAUUCGACGCCUCCUGGAACCCUUGUCACGACGCACAGGCGGUGUGUCGGGUGUAUCGCUACGGGCAACGGAAGCCCUGUCACAUCUACCGGCUGGUGUGUGACUUCACCCUGGAGAAGAAGAUCUACGACAGGCAGAUCUCCAAACAGGGCAUGUCAGACCGCGUGGUGGACGACCUGAACCCCGUGCUGAACUUCACGCGGCGGGAGGUGGAGUCCCUGCUGCACUUCGUGGAGGAGGAGCCGAAGCCGGACGAGUCCGCCAGGCUGCUGCAGUCGCAGCACGCAGACAUGGAGCUGGUCAUCAAGCAGGCCUGCCAACGCUACCCCCACCUCAUCACCAAGCAACCUUUCCAUCACGAGUCUCUGCUGAUAGACCGUCGGGAUCUCAAACUGACCAAGGCGGAGAAGAAGGCGGCUAAGAAGGGCUACGAGGUGGAGAAGCGGGCAUCGGUGCCCUAUACGCGCCCCUCCUACGCUCACUACUACCCCGCCAGUGACCAGAGCCUCACCAACAUCCCAGCCUUUAGCCAGCGCAACUGGCGACCUCCACCAAGGCAGGAGGAGAAGCCGAUGGCCAGUGUCCGGCCCGUCCAAUCGACUCCUGUUCCCAUGGCGCCGCGGCAGGCUUCCCAGGGAACUGGCCCCGCCUCCUCCGGAUCCGCAGGCUCCAACUCGGCUCUGAGCUUCAACCUCAACAAUCUGCAGAAAGCUGGAGUGUUUGUCCAGAAGAUUGUCACCACCACAGACAUUGUCAUUCCGGGUACCAACAAUGCUAAAGACGUCCAGACUCGGAUCCCUGCGGGUGAGAGCAUCCAUGUCAUCAGAGGAACUAAAGGUACCUACAUCAGGACGUGUGAUGGAAGAAUCUUUGCAGUCCGAGCAGCUGGAAAGCUUAAACAGCCUGAGGAGGGCUCAGCCACUGCUAAAGAUGUAGUGCACCCUGAGAAAGAGGCUCAUAGUGGCGCCACCAAUGGGAGCGUUUCCGUCUCUCCUGAGCGCAAGAGGUCCUCUCCGCCGGAGGAAGGGGCGUCUGACCUCCUGCCUCGACCGCUGUCGCCGGACAGCCCCGAGAUCCUGAGCGAGCUCCAGCGCUUCAUCAAGCCCCCGGCCCACGGCCUGCCCACCGCCACGCUCGGAGCCGCCGCCGCCGCCCCCGCCCAGGAGAACGGAGGGCCCCCGAAAGAGCCCUCCCUGCCGGCCGGGGACGCCCACCCCAUGCCCCUGGACCUGCGUGCCAGCAAGCGCAAGCGGGCGCCGGCUGCCGACGAGAAGGACCCCGACCAGCCGCCCUUGGCCAAGCGGAGCUCCGCCUCCCACGCCCUGCCGCCAGGGUUCCCCUUCGGCGGCGCCUACGGCCUGAACCCCGGCCUGAACCCCGGCCUGAACCCCGGCCUGAACCCCGGGCUGAACCCCGGGCUGCUGGGCUCCAUGUGCCACCCUCUCUUCAUGGGGCCUGGCUCGUCCUACUUCCCGCCGCACGCUCCGCUGGCCGACCCCCGCCUCAUGUUCCCCCUGACCCCUGACCCCUUCAGCCUGCCCCGCUCCUCCCCCUCCUCUUCCUCCUCCCCUUCCUCGUCCCUGUCCUCCACCAUUACCAAAACCACGCCCUCUUCCUCGUCUGCCUUCACCUCCUCCUCUUCCUCCUGCAGCACCACCUCCUCCUCCUCCUCCAUGUCUCCGUACUUUCGGCCCGGCAUGGCGGGCAUGCUGCCCCCUGGGUUUCCCCUGACGUACGGCCAGGCCCUGGGCAUGUACCCCAACUCCCUGCUGCCCGCCGGCAUGCCGGCCGCCACGCCUGGUCCCGCCGGCACCAGCUUCCUGUCCCGCUUCCCCUCCUCGAGCCUGCGAGGGCCCGCACUCGGCACCCCGCCUCUCGCCGCCGACAACGAGAGCAGUAGCAGCGGCAGCAGCCACAUGGACGACAGCGAUGACAUCAUCGAGGUGACGGGCCAAUAGGCGGCCUCGGCGAAAAGGUCCUGUGACGAGGCUUCGGUCGCCAGGGGUUGGGUGAUUGGGCAGAGAGAGGGAAAAAAAACGACAACUUCUUUUUUUUUGCCAAUCCACCCCAUAAAAUGGAUCCCAUCUCAGCAACCGAGGCCGAGAAUGUGAAGCAGCAGUGUGACUGACUGGAGAGAGUGGACUGCGAAAGCUACAAAUCCUAAUGCUGUAUGUCGUAUUUAACAAGAGGAGAAAAAGACUGAGGAGAAAAAAACGAGCCCUUUGGACUUCCAGCAUUGUGUACUGCACUCUACCUGCGCGAGACUUGCAGUUCGUCCUCCUGAGGGAGCUCUGCUCUCUGCUCUGAUCAGCUCGAGCUUUCAAUUUCUUCAACUGUUUGCAUUUAUUUAGCAGGUGAUAGUAGAUGGUAGAGAGCGUUAGCUGGUAGUUGUUAUGACGAUAGUCAUGCCUGUUUGAUUGGAAGAAAACAAUAUCAUUGAUUGUUUUGAUUGAUUACCGUUAUUGCUACUGUUUUAGACAUUUUAGAAAUGGUGGUUAUCAAUCGUAAUUGACAAUGUUUGAAAACUGAUCCUUUCUUCUUGAGGUUACAUUAUGGGACAGAAAAUAUUUGACUUUAGAUUUUUUUUAAUCGAAAGAUGGAUGUGCAAAAAUGGAAAGGGUGCAAAGAAUAACCUAACAGGGCUGAAGAAAUUGGGGGGAAAAAAACAAAGCAGGAAAUGAAAAAGAAAUGUAACAAGACCUUAAACUCAACGAAUGUAUCAUUAUUUGCGCCUUUAACGCAGUGUUUGUGAGCACAGGCCUUAGUGACAUUUGACUGAAGACCAUUUGAUACUCAUAUUUUUUCUUGUUGUGUUUUCUAAUGUGACAUUGUUACUGUGGUACAAUCUUGUUGUCAAAACUAGCAGCCUGAACCUCACCCACAGACAGAGGAAACAUCCUCGAGGACAGACGUGUCAAGAUGGUGUUUUCAGUUACACCUCCGACCUUAACUUGACUCGAAGAGGCUUAAAAAACAUCGACCCAGAGAGUUUCCUGGCAAAUGCCGUGGGUUGUUCAAUGCCUUGCCGCUGCGUCGCUUGAAUGUCAUCGAGGAAGCUGAGGAGCCGGGAAGCGAGUGUUUCCUCGAUCCUCCCACCCCAUAGUCUUAUUGGAGCUGAGCUUAUAUGUUCUAACGCCAUCAAAAGCUGUCUACUCUCGGGUCAGGGUCUCAUUCAGUGCAGUCAGCGCUGUCAUUUCCCCCCUGGAUUUCUGUCUGUCUGUGCUCAACACAAAAGGGUACACUUGACUUUUCGACCCAACCCUUUCAUUGUUUUGUUGUGACACCAACACAUGGAUUCAUAGAAACUAAAAAAAAAAAAACACACAACAGGGUGUAGUUGAUCAUACCAAAUAUAUAGUAUCAAAUUUGAGAGAAAUUGAAAUUUGCAAAGGAAAGCUGUGCCAAAACAGUACUUAUGUCCCUUAUGUCAUCUCCCACUAUUGGGAAAUGUUGUGAAAAGAGACCAAAACAUUUACAACAUACUUGAAAAGUGCAUUUCAAGGAUGUAAAAGAGAUGAUCAGAAAGGAGCCAUAUGCCAAGGCUCUGAGAAGGAAGGAAAACAUGAGUAACAGUGUGAAUUUCGCAGGCAAUCGUCACCAAAUGCUAUAUUGUGGUAACUAAAACUAUGUGACUUACAGCGAAGCAACUUACUGUUCAGUUUUACCGUGUUCUGUAUAAAACUCAUUUAACACAAGCAUUCAGGAGUUCCUGAUUCAUUUACAGGUUGUGUGUUUUAUUUUUGUGUCUGGUGGAUCAGGGGCAUUGCUUCAUUUGUUGUGGCAUCGCUUUGCUGUGUUUACAAAUGCCACCCGGUUUCUCCCAAAUUUACCCCCAUUGUCCCGUGUCAUAGAGGAAGGGUCCACUGCACCUGAAUUCCAUUGGUUAGUCUAGACAACAGGAUAUACAUAAUUUGAUUUCCUGUCUCACUGUAACUGAAAAAAUCCAAACAUUCUAUCGAAGUACUUUCACUUUUCAACCCCCUUUUUCUGUACCAUACUUCUGUUGUUGGUUUACCUGUGUUUGUUAGUCCUCUUUUUUUGUCUGAGGUUUGACAAUUUACCAAAUUAAUUUAUUUAUGACAUUGCAUAUUUAUUCAUUUGUAUUUUUUAUUUUUGUACUUUUUUAAAAAAUGGGGGAUUUUUACUCAUGUGGCCGGACGGCUCCGCUCUGGUGCUUGUGGUUGACGAAGGGUGUAGUGUGUGUGUAUGAUAGUGUUUGAUGACCUUCUGACACGAAGCAGAAUCAGGACCAAUGUGAACUGGUGCUGUGGAUUGCGUGGGUCUCGGUGAGCCCACAUCCACCGCACACGCUCAGAGCGAGGAUUUGCCGUUCAGUGCCCCUGCACGCCUGUGAUGUCAUUCCUGGUGGCCAAGAUCCCUCAAGUGUUCAGUGUUUUUUUUCUUUUUCCAAUUUCUUUUCAAUGAUUGCUUUCGUUUUCUUUUUUAAUUUCAUGUUUGUCAUAGCUAACUACUUGAACAGAAGUAUUUAUUUGUCAUAGGAAGGGUCGGUAUAGGUGAACAGGUGGCUGCUCUGGAUUCUAAUCUGUGAGGAGAAUUUGAACUGCUAAAAGCUGCUGAGGACCAGACAGCCUGUUCUGGAAGAACUACAUUCAUAACUGACCUGUAUCACAGCGGCUUUUCAAUCCAUUCUCUUUUUCUUUUCUUUUUUUUUGGAAGUUUGUGAAUAAAAACAAAUUAAAUGUUA